AUGCUCCGUCAACUCGUAACGAUCGUCACAUCUUGCGCACUUGUUGGCAUCGAGGUAACAUUUCAUGCAAUUACUAACCACACAUUUAGCACAUUUACCAUAAUGAUUCAAUCCAUAGCCAAAUUUGCAUUUGUAACAACUUUUAGUGUCCCUGCAUACAAGACAUUCGUGGUCGUUGCAAUCAGGUUCGCAAUCAUCUCCUGGGACGCUAACCCUGUAUCCGUGAUUACAUUCGAUACACGAAAGAAAAUCGAAUCUUAA